AGUUUCCGCCGCACACACGCAGAUGUCAGCAGAGUUUCUCAAUCUGUCACUUUGCUCGGUGGGCUGCGUUCGAUGAGGGCAAAGAAAACAUGGACGCGGCAACUUUCUGACAACUUUCUUCCGAGUCGCCACGUUUUCCUGACCGCACCGCGCCUCGCAUUUUGCUCGCUUUUCUUUUGCGCUUCAAAUUUGGACAACAGUCGCGCACGUGAGAAAUAAGCAUGUUAACCAACGUUAUCUGCUGCCAAGCUAACUAGUAGCUAUGCUGCCCGCCGGUCAUUUGGCCUUAAACGCAUAGUUUGUUUUUUCUCGUUUGUUUAUUUUUUAAAACAGUAUUUAACAAUAUACAGUGUAUAUAUAUAUAUAUAUAUUUCCCUUCCCCCCCAAAAAAGAAGUCGAGAAGCAAACGGAGACAUGGGACUGCACCCGUUGGAAUUCAGCGAAUGUUAUCUGGACAGUCCCGGCUUCAGGGAGAAAAUUAAAGCUCACGAAGCGGAGCUGGACAAAACCAACAGGUUCAUUAAGGAGCUGUACAAGGACGGCAAGAACCUCAUCAAUGCCACCAAACAGUUGGGGGUGGCACAGAGAAAGUUCGCCCAGUGCUUAGGAGAGUUUCAGUUUGAGUACAUUGGCGACGCCAAGACAGACGACGAGCGGUGCAUCGAUGAGUCACUGCAAGAGUUCUCCUCAUUCCUCAAGAACCUGGAAGAGCAAAGGGAGCUAAUGAUGAGAAAUAUCACGGAAACCCUCAUGAAACCCCUGGAGAAGUUCAGGAAAGAUCACCUCGGUACAGUAAGGGCGGAGAGGAAAAAGUACGAGAAAGAGACCGAGAAAUACUACAGCUCCCUCGAGAAGCUUCUCAACAUGUCUGCCAAGAAGAAAGAGCCUCAACUACAAGAGGCUGACAUCCAGGUGGAAACCAUGAGGCAGCACUUUCAAGAAGAGUCGCUGGACUAUGUGUGCAAGCUGCAGGAGAUCCAGGAAAGGAAAAAGUUUGAGUGCGUGGAGCCGAUGCUGGCCUUCUUUCAGACAGUCUUCACUUUUUAUCACCAGGGUUUUGAGCUCGCCAAGGACUUCGACCAUUAUAAACGCGAGCUACAGAUUAAUAUUCAGAAUACGAGGAGUCGCUUCGAGGGCACGCGCUCAGAGGUCAACGAGCUCAUGAAAAGGAUUCGAGAGGCACCUCAAGAGUACAGGCAGACAAGCCCCAUCAGCUGCGAGGGCUACCUUUACGUCCAGGAAAAACGGCCGCCUCCUUUCGGUUCAAGUUGGGUCAAACGCUACUGCACGUUUGUCAAAGAGCAGAAGAUCCUACACAUGGUCACCUUUGACCACAGAUCUGGUGGAAGGAGUGGUGAGAUGGAGUCAGUCACGCUCAAGUCGUGCGUCCGCAAAACGACAGACAUGCUGGACAGGAGGUUUUGCCUCGAGCUCGACAUUACAGAUCGGCCAGGCACAGCUCUCACAGUGCAGGCUCUGUCAGAGGGUGACCACAAAUUCUGGAUGCAGGCCAUGGGUGGAAAAGAGCCUAUUGGGCGCUAUCUGUUGAGGACCUAUUCAAAAGAAAGAGGAAUUGAUGCUCAGCUAGAUGACGUGGGUCUGACUUUCGUGAAGAACUCCAUCAGUGCCAUAGAGACACGAGGUAUAAACGACCAAGGCUUGUACAGAGUCGUGGGAGUCAGCUCCAAGGUUCAGAAGCUUCUCUCAUUAAUGAUUGAUGAGAAGAGCAAUGAAGUGGACCUGUCCACCAGCGAGGACUGGGACGUGAAAACCAUAACCAGUGCAUUGAAGCUGUACCUGAGGAGCCUACCCGAGCCAUUGAUGACCUACGGACUUUACAAAGAGUUCAUCAACCCGGCGAAGAGCGGGAGUCCAGAAUCUCGCAUCCAGGCCGUCCACUGCCUGGUCCACAAGCUGCCGGAGAAGAAUCGACAAGUCCUCGGGCUGUUUAUGAAGCAUCUGGCCAACGUGGCCGCCCAUAGCAAGCAGAAUCUUAUGACUGUGGCCAAUCUGGGCGUGGUGUUUGGCCCAACCCUGAUGAGGCCACAGGAGGACACGGUGGCGGCCAUCAUGGACCUCAAGUUCCAGAACAUCGUGGUGGAGAUCCUUAUUGAGCACCAAGAGAAGAUCUUUACAGACGCUCCGGAGUCAUGCCCUCUUUCACCCACCGCCCCGGUCUUCUCCGCACCCACGAGGCAGUCCAAGAAGCUGAAUCGACAGAGCCGUCCUCUGGCUGUCUACAAUCCACAAGUUAUGGAUAUUCAGACCGCCUGCGACAACUCCAACCUCGCCACAGACGGGACGUCGAUGGGCAGCAACGAGUCGGUGUCGUCGCAGUCCUCGUCCGCCUCGGCGUCAGAGACUACGCCGCCGGAGAGAAGCGAGUGUGUGCCUCUCUGCACCAGUGUCUCCUCGGGCGGCAACAACUCCAGGCCAUCCAUGGCAGCAGCCGCCUGGUUAGGAGAAGGCCAGAAUGUCUUCACACCUGACAAAGAAAAGCCACUAGAAAGUGUCAUCGGGAGGAAAGCCAAGGCGGUGUACCCCUGCGAGGCCGAGCACGACUCUGAGCUCUCCUUCCAGGUCGGCGCAAUUUUCAACGCCGUGACCCAGUCUAGAGAGCCGGGCUGGCUGGAGGGGGAACUGGAGGGCAAGCGGGGCCUCAUCCCUGAGAACUAUGUGGAGAUGAUGUAGCCUCCAAAACGGACACAAUGACGGAAAUAUUUUUUUAUUUUUUAUUUUUAUUAUACGCCUCGUUCUCACCUGUCGUGUUCUCUCAAGCCAUGGACAUUUUUUUUUCCUCGUUCCGCCCACUUAUACAUGGUAUCCAUGAGACCCCCUCACGCCCCUCACACAGCAGCAUUUUGGUCCACCGACGUGCCUUGUCGAGUUCUGAAUGUAAACGGGUAUGUAUGGCCGUAAAUCAACAGAGUUGCAUUUUUCCUCACGUUCGAAAUGAGACGCACGUACAUUUUGGGGUUCCAAAACUAGCUUUAUGAAAUUGGUUCACUUUUUUUUCAGCAGACUCCCAAACAUUGCACCCCUCUCUGAAUUGUACUUUGUUGUUUUUUUUUUUUUUUAAAUGCAGGAUGAGCUUCAUUGAGAUUACUAUUAUCAGAACCAAGUGUUAUGUUUUUGUUGUGGGGUGGGGAUGGUUUUUAAGCUUAUUUUUAAAGCUUGGUUACUUUUUCUGGGCAGAAACCCCUGCAAAACAAUGUCCAAUGAUUUCAUAUCAUUUUAAAUGAAUAUAAAACAAAUCAGAUUUUAUGAUUGAUAAGCUCAUAAAGUCCAGUAUUUUAAUUUGAUGGGAUCGUGAUGACGAAUAGAAUGCCAAAGUUUUGUCACAGGGUUGUAAGGUGGGAGCACGUCGUUUCAAUUAACGUCACCGACGGUUGCAAUCAUUUCAAGUGUUGAUUUGUGGUGAUGCUGUUAUUUGUAAAGGGUCUUGGAUUUGUUUUUAUACACCUUUUUUGGGGGCACCCUCUCGACCAAUGUUGAAUUAAACAUGUAUUCUUGCAGUGAAAUAAAUUUUCAAAUUGAUAACUA